AUGAAACUGACCAAGACACAAAUCCCACAGCGCCUGGCUGUGUUCCUCGACCGUCCUGGCUUCCCAUGGAAAAAACUCAUCCUAGGUUUCUCAAUAGGCCAAUUUGUCUUUGAAAGUUUCCUAUCACUUCGACAGUAUCAGGUCUUGCAAAAGACGAAGCCGCCUAAGACACUCGAAGAUGAAAUCUCUCAGGACGUCUUCGACAAGAGUCAGGCUUAUGGUCGUGAAAAGGCAAAGUUUGGCUUCGUCUCCGGUCUCAUCUCCCAGAUUCAGAAUGUUCUAUUCAUACAAUACGAUAUCCUACCGAAGCUGUGGGCGCUGACAGGUGUCCUUGUUGCCCGCUUUCUGCCCGCUCGAUUCUCCGGCGAGAUUUCCCACUCGGUCGUCUUCUUCCUCACGUUUACCACCAUCUCCCAGAUCCUGUCGCUUCCUCUAUCUUAUUAUGGCACCUUUGUCCUCGAGGAGAAAUUCGGUUUCAAUAAACAGACUCUCAAACUUUGGGUAACAGAUUUGCUCAAGAGUGAGGCGUUGACAUUUGUUCUCGGAGUCCCUCUGUUGAGCGCUUUCUUGAAGAUCAUCCAAGUCACUGGCACUCAAUUCUUUUAUUAUCUGUGGCUGUUUGGAAUUGGUAUUCAGAUGCUCGCAAUCACUGUCUACCCGGUCUUUAUUCUUCCGCUAUUCAACAAACUAUCCCCACUGGAACCUGGGGAGCUCAAGUCCGGCGUCGAAUCAUUGGCAAGCAGACUUAACUUCCCUCUCAAGUCUCUUUAUGUUAUCGAUGGAAGCAAGAGAAGUGCACAUAGCAACGCCUACUUUUUCGGUCUACCAUGGAAGAAACACAUUGUCAUCUACGACACUUUGAUUGAAAAGAGCGAGCCUCAAGAGGUCGUGGCAGUGCUCGGGCAUGAAUUGGGGCAUUGGAGUCUGUCGCAUACCACCAAACUGUUUGCUAUUGCUCAGUUCCACAUGUUUUACAUCUUCUCCUUGUUCAGCGUAUUCAUCAACAACCGCUCCCUGUAUUCCUCCUUCGGCUUCCACAAAACGCAUCCAAUCAUCAUUGGCUUCAUUCUCUUCUCUGAUGCUCUUGCUCCAGCUGAUGCGGUGGUCAAACUUCUCAUGAACAUUCUCUCCCGCAAAUUCGAAUUCGAAGCCGAUGCAUUCGCCACAAAUCUUGGAUUCCAGAAAGAGUUGGCUCGCAGUCUGAUCAAACUACAAGUGCAGAAUCUGAGCACCAUGGAUGCGGAUUGGAUGUAUGCCAGUUAUCAUUACAGCCAUCCCAUUUUGGCUGAGAGGUUGGCGGCUCUGGGUUGGAAGAGUUCCAAGCCUGAUUCGAAUGGAAAGGUGAUUGAGCUUGAUGAUAAGGUGGUCGAUGCUGAGGUGGUCACAGCCACUCAGAGAGAGCUGUGA